UCAUGCUGCACAAGUUGCUGCACAUGUAGAAGUUUUGUAAGCCUAGAUAUAGAUAAGAUAAUAUAUUUACAAUAUCUUAAGUGUGUAGGAUUCGUGUAAAACUUUACUUUAUGCACUGGAGGUCAUUUGAAUAGUAUGGCGUAUCUUGGCCACUAGCUGUCACCGUUAUAUAUUGACAUUUGCUGCAGAAGACGUGUUUUGUGUUUACAGUGUUGUUAUUGUUAAUAAGAAUCGACGGUUACCAAGUCAUAGAAGCGAACGAAGAGAAGGGCAUUUCAGGCAAGAAAGCUAUCCCAGGAUGAACUCCACCCACUGUCUGUUAGGAAGAGUGCUAUGUGUGGUGACUGGAGCCAGCAGAGGACUUGGUCGCUGCAUUGCCACACAGUUCUCCUCAGUAGUAGGACCCUCCUCCAGGUUUAUCCUCACUGGUCGCGAUGCCUCUCUCCUGGCAGGUGUGAAGGAAGAGAUCGUCAAGUCGGCCAGCGGGGUGGAGGUAGACUGCCUGGUCUUGGAUCAGUCCCAGGUGACCUGUGAUGACGUACUGAGAAAACACCUGGCAGAGAAGGCAAACCCCAAAGAUUUCGACAAAGCAGUGAUUGUCCAUAAUUCUGGGUCACUUGGGGAUAUAACGAGAAAUGCGAAAGAUUUUGACAACAUGGCUGAGGUGCAGUCGUAUUUUGAUGUUAACCUGGCCAGUAUGAUAGCUCUGAAUGGCGUGUUCUUGAAGUGGUGUGGACAGGAAGCGAAGCCACUGAGGACAGUCAUAAAUAUCACCUCAAUAUCAGCUCUACAGCCAUAUAAAACUUGGAGCUUAUACUGCGUAGGAAAAGUUGCCAGGAACAUGUAUUUUCGCUGCCUAGCACUAGAAGAGCCCCGAGUGCGUGUUCUCAACUAUGCCCCGGGGCCUCUGGACACAGACAUGCAGGCAAAGAUUAGGGAAGAGUGCGGAGAUGCAGAGAUGAAGAAAACCUUCAUUGAAAUGCAUCGUGAUGGCAAACUUGUGGAUCCUGCAGCUUCAGUGAAAGUUUUAAUGAGGCUGCUGAAGUUUGAUUCAUAUGAGUCUGGAAUUCAUAUUGAUUACUUUGAUGAAGCAUAGAAGAUUUAGCUGAUUUUUAUAUGCUAGUAUAAACUGCAGUAGGGAGUGUGUUAGGUGAGAAUAAACUGCGGUGUGAACUGUGUAUUGUGGUAGGUGUGAAUUAGGUGAGAAUAUUGUGUUACUGCUGGUGUGAACUAGGUGUAAACUGUGAACUGUGUAUUGUGGUAGGUGUGAAUUAGGUGAGAACAUUGUGUUAGGUGAGACUUGCCCAUUGUGCAGGGUAAGAAUAUCCUCAUAAGUUUGAUUAUGUAAGUAAAGAUGGUUGACUUGGAUUUAAUCCAUUAUACAAAUUACUUACUGUGUUUAACCAUUUUUGGCAUUUCUUACUUACUCAUUUCAUGAGAGUUACUGUUGGUGAAUUUCUUAGGACAAACAGUUUCUUGUACUUAAACAAUGCAACAAACGCACAAUGUAAGAAUUAUGCAUUAUGCAAUAUUAAUUAAGCAUAGUCAAAUAAGCCUAUAAGAUCAGCAUUUUACUUUACAAAAUACUUAUAAUUAUACAUACAGUGUACUUAUUAUUACAUGUAUUAUACUGAGUAACAUAUUUUACAUUAUAAUAAAGCAAUGUUUAAGCAGCAGUAUGUUAAUUUUUAAACAAAUGCUGUAACAGUAUGUAUAAAAAAAAACUUAGCUGUAAGUUUGUGUCAAAGUUUUAUAUCUUGUAAAUGUUGUGUUGUGUAUAGUUGAACACCGCCAUCUUGUACAGCUGUACAUUGUGCAAUCAUAAAUGCUGAAAAAUUAAAAUUCUGCUU